AAAAACACCAAGAAACAUUUUUGUAAAAAGAACUGAUUCCUGAUAUGACUUAUUUCGGAACUAGUAAAGAAAGAACCACAUUAACCCUAUAAAUUACCCCCGUUAGUCAAGCGGGACAUAAAAGUUUUUUUACGAGCUCAACUCAGAAGUCUGUGUAAAUUGCUAGUUGCACAAAUUUGCCUGGAUCACCGGUGUAAAUGGGAUUGUUAAUUCAGGCGUGACCUAAACCCUGAUGGACUGCACUCCUCUUCAGCAACAAGAUCAAUCGAGUCUAUCUUGAUGUAACACCAGAUUGGGAGAGUUCACGGGGAUUUUGUUGUAUUUUUUUUUUUAUUUUCACAGCUCAGCAUUCUCGGUGCAGGUUUCGGGGUGCACCCGUCCCCGUGGUGUCAGGCUGGACCCCAUCGCCAUGCUGGCGCAUCAGCCGCUGCAGUGCCUUGCCUGCGGCCCCCCGAACCUUUUUGAGACGAUUGUGGGAGAUGGCAUCACGUUUGUGCUCGACACCUCGGGAAGCAUGUACCUGCGGCUGCGGGGCGUGAAGGAGCAGCUCGUCCGGGCGCUGUUCCGCAGGGCGGGCGCGCAGCCGCAGUUCAGCUUCAACAUCGUGGAGUUCAACAGCGAGGUCAGGAAGUGGAGGAACCGCUGUGUCCCGAGCAGUUUGCUCGCUCUGUCACAAGCUGCCUCCUGGAUUCACUGCCUGGAGAGUCAGUCUGUCUCGGACUCCAGGGCCACCCUCACUGCCCUUAGAGCUGCCCAGGAGGACCCAGCCUGCCAUUCUGUGUGCCUGGUCACAGAUGGGCUGCCAGACAGCCCCCUUUGCGCAGUGAACACUUGGCUACAACCCAGGCCCCCAGUCCACGUGAUCUAUCUCAGCUAUGAGAGAGGCCAGAGCUCCCCCACCUGGCUGCUGCAGGAAAUUGCAUCUAGAACGGGAGGUACUUUCAGUGUGUCGGCCCUGGCAGAGGGCAUUGCAGUGCCCUGGGUUUGCAUCCCUACAUGUUGUUCAAGAUUCGGUGGAGCAGGGCUGCCAGUAACAGACAUGUGCAAAAGUCUCCAUUCACAGCUGCCUGUGACUUCAGCAGUAGAAAGCUCUUCUUUUGAUGGUGCCUCUGGAGGGUUCAAACUUGUCAGGGGUGCCCGCGUCCUGGCUAGGAGACACCAGGAUGGAUUAUACUACCUUGGAUACCUCUGCCAGGAGGUCCAGGGGGUAGAAAAGCGGUUCGUGGUAGAGUUUGACCAAGGGAGGUGGUUCAGAAGCAGAGCAGGCGGUCGACUGCAGGAGAUUCGGCUGAGUGACCUCCUGCACCUGGCCGAGGCCCAGCGGCACCCUGUGUCCCCAGGAGACGCUGUCCUGGCUCCCUGGGAAGCCAGCGCAUGUCGGUACGGACCAGGAACUGUCCUGCUAGGGCGGGAGAGUAGAAGCCCCCUGUCAGAUUCGCAAGGUGAGGAGCAGGGGCUGGUGGUGAAUUUUUGGAAUGGGCGCACAGAGAGCGUGCCUCCGAGGAAGGCCAUAAAAAUCCCCCGCCAGCUGUACGACUUCCUCGUCCUGGAGCUCCAGAUGCCUGCCUCCGCCAGGAGGAGUCUCCUCCAGUCCGUGCAGGAUUUCCCAAGGGAAGCGCCCCCCGGGUACCGAUCCUGGGGAUCGAGGAGUGCCCCACCUCCGUUUGCAGGUGGCUGCCGGACUCGGACUGCCUCGGAGACGCAGUGCCGCCCGGGAGCUACCGUCUCUGAUUGCCCCAUGGGUUCAUGGGAGAUGGCCCAGUCUGUUGGAGACACGAGGGCACGGGGACAAGGACGCUCGCCUCGGGAGAGUGAACCUGACACCAGCAAGCCCUCUGUGUCUGUGAAGAAGGCCAGCGUGGUGAGAUUCCAGGGGGGAAAGUCUGAGAGAGGAGUCAGCAGAGGAACAAAGCAGCAGCGAAAAGAAUACAAACGCACAAAAAACAGAGAGUAUGCUGCUCCUCCGGGGAGCCAUGGUGCACAAAAUACCGCGGUAAAGAGGGCGGAGAACAAAGGUGGGAGUCAGGGGCAGUGUGUGGAGCCCAGAGUUGAGAAGGCACAUGAUGAGUGGAGGCAGUGGGACUGUCCAAACUUGUCCUCGUUUAGCCGAACAUCUAGUGAGGAACCUAUGGAGUCUUACAAAGCAACCACAGGAUUUCCUUUAUCCCAUGUCGAGAGACACAGACAAAUGUUUGACAGAGUCCAUGAGGCUCUCAAAAGGGAUCAGAAAGCGAUGGAGGCAGCAGUGGGGAGAGUCUUGGAAGGCAGGCCUCAUUGUAAGGUUUGGAAGCAGUGACUUGGACAUUAACACAGUGGCUAAAAUUAUACACCGCCAUAUGUGAAAUUCAAGGAAAAGGGUUGCAUUUAUCGCUUUUUGAAAACUGUUUAGGGCAGGGUGUCCAAUUCUGGUCCUGAUGGCCACUGUGCCUGCAGGUUUUCAUUCAACGUCAGUUCUUAAUAAUCUGUGACUGUCAUAAUUGAUCCAAGUAGCUCCCAUUAUUCAGAUGCUUUGGCUUUAAAGAGAUCUUGAAAACCUGCAGACAUUCUUGCUCUCCAGGAUCAGGCCUCUAUUUUGGGAUAUCAAGUGCUAAUGCUAAUGACAAAAACAUGUCAGUGGGUCUGUGUAUUUAUUACCUUGAGGGCAUAUUAACAUUUCCUGUGAUGGUCAGAUUUGGGAACUUAGCCACUCAGGAGAGGAAAGAGCUGAACAGUCCACAGUGCUUCUAGAUUAACUGGCUGAGACUGACCACUCCCACCCGGCUUUUCCCUUCUUGAACUCCUUCCCUCAGGAAGAAGGCUAAGAUGUAUCAAAUACCGAACAGAUCUGUUCCGAACGGAUCGUCCCUGAGGCAGUUCGCUCUCUCAACUCAACACCGUUAUAAAAGUAUUAAAGUAUUUAUUCGUAAA